AAAAACUCCCCUCUAUAUUAAAAAACCUGAGCAGGCAGGAACAGGCCAAGCUCAUUUGCCAAGAUCAUACUGAACAGUAUGGAUACAGACAAGAAAAACAUGACUGUUAGAGAAGGAUUCCUGGUGAAAAGGGGACAUCUUGUACAAAACUGGAAGGCGCGCUGGUUUGUAUUGAUGCCCGACAAACUGCUGUAUUACAAGUACGAAGGAGGCAAAAGGGACUCAUGUCAGCGAGGGAAAAUCCUACUGAAGGACUGUGUGAUAACUUGUCCUUUUCUGGAGUAUGAAAAUCGGCCGUUGGUGUUCAAGCUCCAGACAAAGAAUGGGGUGGAUCAUUUUUUGGAGGCUUGUUCCCGGGAGGAGCGAGAUGACUGGGCAGCUGACAUCACCGCUGCGGUCGACAAGCUGCAGAUGGCUGAAGGUGGGAAGGUGACAAACCAGCAAGACCCUGCUGGAUCCAACUUGCAUGACAUCAAUCUGAGCAAGGUGUUGGACUCCAUGUAUGACAUCCACAGUGGUAUCAAGAUGAGUAACCACGUGGAGCAAGGCAGCACUUACAGCAACUGUUUCUCAGGUUCAGCUGUGGUGGACUGGCUGGUGUUCAUGCAGCUGACUCUGACCCGUGUGGAGGCCAUGACGCUGGCCUCCGCCCUGCUGGAGGAGGGUUUCCUGCGGACCGUCGGCCUGAAGAGUGUGGAGGCUCUCCGUACCGCCGGCCUCGGUGAGCAGUUCAUGGACGACUCCACGGCACUAUACAGCUUUUCUGACAGCUUAAAGAAGAGAGGCAGCGUGAAGUCAGAGACGUCGAUGUCUGCAAUGGAGCUGAGUGGAAAAGUGGUAAAGAGAGGAUAUCUGCUUAAACAGGGACACAGAAGGAAGAACUGGAAGGUGCGACUGUUUGUGUUGCGUUCAGAUCCUGCCUUCCUUCACUAUUAUGAUCCCACCAAGGAUGACAUCAGCCCCGUUGGCGGCUUCUCUCUGCGAGGCUGUCUGGUGUCUUCUCUGGAUGACAACGGCAUUCCCUCAGGUGUGAAAGGCAACAUUCAAGGCAACUUGUUUAAAAUCAUCACUCAGUCAGACACACGUUACUUCAUCCAGGCUCCGACCCACCAGGAGAAGAUGGACUGGAUAGAUGCAAUUCGAAAGCAGACAUAAAGCAGCAGAUUCCAGUUAAAACUUCACUUUUUAACAUAUCAACUAGUUAACUUAUCCAGCUAUGAAGAAUGAAUUUACACAUUCCAUGAAUGUAUACUAUAGCAACAAACUGGGACCAUGCAAUCAGAUGAAAGUGUUGGUGGUUACAUAACAUUUCUGCUCAUUUAUCUCUAAAAUGCCAGUGCUUUCAGCUUGAUUAUUCUGUAUUUUAAAGUUUGUGCAGGGAGGAUUUAAAGUGUUUUAAAAGCCCAACAGUUGUAGCAAUUUCUCCUGUAAUAAUUUAGUUAAAUGUUUUUCAUGUGUUUUACAAGAUGUUUUCAUUAUUACAUAUCAUUCAACAUAAUCAUUUUGACUUUAUUCUCUACAUUGAAUUUUUACAUAACUCUAGACACCAGUGGUGAAAAGUACAUUUACUCAAGUACUAUACUUCCUACUUUAUAUUUCUACUCCGCUACAGUUCAGAGAUAAAUAUUGUACUUUAUACUCCACUACUUUUAUAUGAAAGCUGUAGUUACUAAUUUGCAGAUGAAGAUUUGACCUAAAACAACAUGUUAUAAACUUUAUAUAAUAAAGAAUUGUUAAACAUUA